AUGAAAGGUGGAGAUAUAGAUACAGAUAGUUCCCGUCUGUUAACCCCAGAAAGAAAUUUAACAACCAAUGCAAGACCAUUUUCAUUCAUUCUGCGAAAUAGUUGUGAAGAUACAGAAUAUCAAAAGAUGUCAGAUAAUAGUUUCCAUGUUGGAUCUCCAUCUUCCAAAAGAUCAUCAAGAUUAAAUUUUUUCAGAAGGCUAUCAUCUGCAGCAUAUUAUGAAGAAAAAGACUUCCACCACAGCCCAGUACAGCAGCAAGAUUCAGUACGUCUUAGUAAAAAAGUUUCAAUCAACUCAUGUAAUAGUGAAACAUCAAACACAAAUUCAAACACAAAUGGGAAACAUUUCAGUCUUCGACCUUUGUUUUCCCGCUCAAAGUCUUCCUUAACUAGUGAAAAAUGUGAUUUACCAGUCCAGACUCCACUGUCAAUACAAAGUGUUUAUUUUCAACAAAAUUAUUUAUUUGCAAAAGCAACUCAACCAAAUCCAAAAGUUACAACUGUUGAUGAUUUUGCUGAUACUGAUUCAGAAAUGGAAGAUGAACCAGAUGCAGAAGUUAUAACAUUAGAUUCAAUAAUAGAAAGAACACAACCAGGUACUGAAACCAUACAUGAAGGUGUAUUCGAAGAAAUCUUUGACGAUGAAGAAGAACGAAAACAAGAAGAAAAGAAGGAACAACUACAAGCACCAAAUGAGCAAGAAGAAUCAUCACCCAUAUCCCCUACUAGACCUCAACUAUCAGUAGACACAGACUUAACUCAUUCUCGAGAUAGAUUAGAAAAUAUGAAAUCAGCCAUCAAUAGCUCGGUUGAAUUUUUAGGCUCAUCAUUAUAUCUGCCAGAUAAUAUCAUUAAUGAAAAUGAAGAACAACCAAAUUCACCAAUCGUACAGCAACAUCAACAACAAGAAGAAGAACAAGAACAUCCAGAACCUUCAAUUUCUCCAAUAUCAUAUACAACCAAUAGCGUGAUUUCCAAAACUCAUUAUCCGCUGACUACUCUGACUUCACCAGAUAGUCAUUCCCCGCAUAUAAGCUUUUCACAAGAAACCCAUCCCGCUAAAAUUUCAACCUCGACUAUUGAUUUAAAAUUAGACGAUGCCAAGCAUCCCAUUGAUAAUACUAAGCAUCAUAUCAACAAUCUGACAACAACUAUUAACAAAGCGUUUUUGGCUGAUCAUACACGAGUAUCAAUUUGUUCAGUAGCGGGUUCGUCAAGUAGUUGUGUUGAUAAUGUAUCCACCAAGCCACAACAACCACAGGAACAGCCACAAAAACAACCAGAAGAAUCUCAAACUAAAACUAAGCCUCAGAUGAGUGCUGGCGUUGGACAAAAUGAGAAUAAUGUUAAAGUAAUUAAGUCGUCGAGACUGUUUAAAGGUUGGAUUAGAAGGAUGUUUUCGAGCCAACAACAACCGCAGAGACCAAAGCGUUCGAAUGCAGUUUCUGUAAACUAG